GCCAUGUGUCAGACCGCAGAGGGUCACAAAACGCAGUUUUACGCACCGAAUACCACAUUUCAUUUCGGUCAAUAUUUUUCUUUUUAAAGAAGGGAUGGUGCUGCUGAAGUCUUUCACUCUCUGGUUGUUGCUCGGUUUCCUUGAGCAGCAAGUUGCCAUGACUUCUGCUGGGCGCGCGGCAAACAAGACGUCCAGCAGAGCGCAGAGGAAUGGAGACAAGAUUCCGGCAACCGCCCGAGGAAGGUUCUCCACCAGUGACAAGCUUCAGUGCUCAUGGAACGGCAGAGAGGACAAGGAAGCGGUGAAGCUUUGGGUCACGUGCAAAAACCCAGAGGCGCGGACCGCAAGCGAUGUUACUAAUCUGGAAUGUGAAUACAACGCCAAACCUCAGAGCUGCCCGGGCUACCAAUCCGAAACCAAAGGUUUCUGGAAACAAGUGGGGCGCGCGCUCAAGAAGAUGCAGAACCAAGUGUGCCGGAAUAAGUUGGCUCUGGUGAAGACUGGGAUGUGUAAGCGCACGUCGGGUGCGCACUUCAAGCUGGAUGUCAAUACUAUUAUUAUCUCCCCUCAGUCCGAAGGUCCAGGUACUCACACGCCUCCUCCGCUACCAUCCCGCCUCACCACCGUUGGACCGACGCCCUGCACAAAGCGCGCGGACCACCGGAAAACUGCUGAGGAGUACUGCAGUAGCUCGUGGGCCAGUGUGUGUUCUUUCUUCCUCUCCAUGCUGCAGAGUGAUGACUGCUAGCUUCAGAGAGAAAUAAUAGCCUGAGAUAUGCAUUUUAUAGAAAUGGUCAUUUUUCACUAAUUCCGUGCUCAAGUGUGUUCAUUUUUCAGGAGUUUGUUGUUUCUCAGCAAGUCUAUUCAGAUUUUUAUUGUCAUUUUCCAUGAAAUGUAAUACUUUACGGGCAGUAUUGGAAAGCUGUCACGUUAAACUACAAUUUUAAUACAAUUGUCACUAAAACUGAGGCUGCUUAGC